AAAAAAAAAAAAAAAAAGAGACGGAGAGGGACGGUUUCUUCUUCCGGCUGAGGUCGCCGCUGGACAGUGAGCGAGAGGAGGAGGAGGAAGAGAGAGAAGGCCGGAGAGGAUUGAGCAAGAUUUUCCGAUCUGGUUUUGAUUCCUCUAGUAAUCCAACAACAACAGAGUUCCAAUUGGAACAGAAAGUAGAUGGUGAAGCUUCAGUUACGGUGUUGAAGCAGAGGACAAUUCCUUCGCUGAAGAACUGACGUGUUGCUUUCAUUUUUGGCUUCAAUAUCAGGUUUGAAACUUUUGAACAAUCUUACGAUAAAGGGAAGUGAAUUGCUUUUGAGGACAUUCAUGAUGGAUAUGACCUGGCUAACCAUUCUUCUAGCUGGGGCUAGCUGCUUUGCUUUGGGAUAUAUUGUUGGAGUACGACGUCCUGGUUGUCUUUCUCUGUUAGCAAGGCGAGGUAAUAGUGAAUCUAUUGUUAGUGGAAAGAAGAAGAAUUCACUCAAAGCACCUCUUGAGAUCGAGAAGCUGGCUGAUAUUCUAGAAGACUACAAGAUGGUCUUGGUGGUUAGAAAUGAUUUGAAAAUGGGAAAAGGAAAAAUUGCGGCACAAUGCAGUCAUGCAACUUUGGGUCUUUACAAAAAGCUGAUGAACCGGGCACCAAAAUCUUUGAAGAGAUGGGAGAUGUGUGGGCAAGUAAAGGUAGUGGUGAAAGUUGAAAGUCAGGAUGAUAUGCUUAAUUUCCAGGAAAGAGCAAAAUCAGUGAACUUGCCCACCCAUAUAACAAUUGAUGCUGGAAGAACACAAAUUGCACCAAAUUCAAGAACAGUAAUGGCAAUCCUUGGACCUGCUGAUAUGGUGGAUGACGUGACAGGUGGACUGAAGCUUAUGUGAAGCUUGUCACAAAAUGUUUGAUAAUGAGCAUGGAUGAUGGUGGUGGGGGUUCUAUCUAUAUUUAUUUAUUUAUUUGACUGACUGAGUUCUUGAAUGAAGAUGAUUUACU